AUGUCCGACAGCAGCUUUCGCGGGAUGACGCCCGUCACCGCUCGUUCCAGCAUGGUGCCCGAAUCUGUCACGCUCACCGAUGUCUCUCCAAGCCGAUCUGGUGGGGCUCGAAAGAUCCGCCUUCGGGUCGUCACCAGGCAUCCGCUGCCCGAGUUCCACUUUCUUGCUCCUUUCGAUCACCACGACUCUCAAUGCUUCCAAACGCUACAGGCUUUCGUGCAUACCCACCUUCUUACUCGGUCCAGACGAUCCGGUCAAAGUUCUCAGCUGGAAUCCACAGGCCCGGCGGCUCUCCAGUUUCAGAUGGACAACUUCGAGGUGCCCUUCGAUGAUCCAGAGAUCUUGCGAGACGGUGAUACCAUCGAGGUGCAUCUGGACCAAUCAGCGGUAGCAGGACCGGCGAAUAGCGAAGCACCUUCCGGCGGUAAAAAAGCAAAGAAAAAAGCAGAGAGGUUUGCGGCAGCACUUGCCGAGCGGGGCGAUGACGAAGAAGGGCAGCUGGAAGAGCAAGAUGAUGCCCUCGAGAAAGAAGCCCAGGACGCUGAAGAGAAAGAAGCCAUUUUCGAAGCAGCUCGUGUUGCUGCCUUGCUUCGUGCCGGCAUCCACAACAUGGCGGACGACGAUGCACACGACAUGUCGGCCCAGCAAGGAGCAGUUGAUGAUUUGCCGCGCAUGCCCGGCCCAUCCUUCAAGCCACUUCAACCACCUGCAGCAUCCAAAUUCUCCUCGUCGAAAGCACCGACCUCGAAAGCAUCGAACGCAUCGAACGCAAAAACGACGUCGAAUGCUCAGGUUCCCUCCAUGCCCAUGCCCGUGUUCAACGCAGGCGGAGCAGCGUCAGCCAUGGCCGCCUUCGAUGCAAGAAGAAAGCAGAUGCAAGCAUCUUCCAACGCCAAAGCCAAAGUCAGCAACUCCGCUCCUUCCCACUUCGACAACAUCACUUUCUCGUCGAGGGCAGGGCAGGGCGCCAAGCGCAAACGCGCAGCUUCAUCGUCCCCAGCCGAAAGCUCGUCCGACUCUAGCAGCGACAGAAGUAGCAGCAGCAGCAGCAGCAGCAGCAGUGACUCGGAAUCACGUUCAGAUUCCAGCUCCUCCUCAGAUCGCUAUUCCUCAAGCGACUCUGACUCAGACAUCGACAGCUCCGAUCUUGACUCAACCACGUCUGACAGCUCCGACUCUUCGGACUCGGCCCCAUCCGAGCAACACACCAAAUCAGAUCGACAUCGCGCCAGAUACCAGGAAGCGGCUGCGGCCUCGACUUCUGAGCAGGAAGAGUCUUCACCCCCAGUUCCACCGGGACAAGGCAUGAACCGAACCAAGCGUCGCAAUCUUAUGAGACGCAAGAAGCUUCAGCUGCUUCGUGACGCCGGCAACCUGCAAAGUUUCGAAGAAGCAAGCAAACGUGCCGCUCAGCGAGAGCGCGGCGAGCACGUCGACGACUCGGAGGGCGAAAACAGCAGCCCAGCUUGGAUCGACGAUCGACGGCCCAUGUAUCAGAUCAAAGGGGUCGGUAUCGCAGUGGUACAAGCUUCCAAUGCUUCUUCAUCGUCACCAACUGUGGUCAGCAGCUUACCUCCUGGCGCUGGCAGCCUCGGCAUGGCGGAGGCUGAGGCUGAGGCCAUUCUCGACCAAGUGUUCGGAAGCUCCGAGAGCGAGGCAAGCAAGGGCAAGAAGCGGAAACGUGACGAGAGGUUGGAAAGCACAGCAGACCACGCACCGCCUCGGCGACCAGGUCCCCGGCUUGAAGACAUGCAGGCAGGACAGGCACCCUACGGUGGGGACGUGCCAGCAGGAGUAUCGAUCCGUCAUAUUGACUGCCAAACGUACUACGACGACGAGGUAGCCAAGCUGGAGACUGGGGCCGAAGCUGACACCGGACCCUCGCUGCGUCCCGAUGACGAAAGAGAGGAAGCAAAUGCGAGUGAUGCACGUCAGCAAGGUAAGGGUGAAGGGAAGGGUCAGGCCCGGAGAUCUCAGCAAAAGGAUGAAGGCAACAGUCAGGACGAGGUCUUGCACCUAGAUUACGGCUCGCCCGACAAACCGGACGAAGAGCAAUCCGACCAGGCAGCACCGCGCAAGAGGAUGAGAACGGCGUCGUCCGAAGAAAUCGCCCAAGAAGGCUGCUCCUGCGCAUACGUGCGCCGUAGCUCGGACGAAGAAAAUUCAGAUUCGGAAGCCCUGGCAUCCUCGUACAGGUACAGCGACGACCCUUUCAAGAGCGAUCCUCCCGACCAUUGGGCUCAUGUAUACGAGGGGCCUUUCGUCGCAUUCACGGUGCCAAAGUAUCCGACCUCGGGUCCUAUCGACCCAUCUAUCACCUGGAAGAGAAUCUUUCGCGGUAUCGAGCCGUACACAAUAGCCUCUAUGCAGCGUUUCGACGCAUUCGACAUCGAGUGGACUAGUGUGCCGACCGGCAUGGGCGUGAUGUGGGAGGAGCUGGCCCUGAACCCAGCCAACAUGACCCCGGCGGUCAUGUAUUUUGUCGGCGUAAUCGACUCGGUGCAACCAAGCGAAGGUGCGAACGAAGUCGUGCAUGUCGAUGCGAUGGGACCUUUGGAGAAAGACGAGGGGAAGGAUUGGCCAGACUACGAGGUGAAGAGGAUCAGAUGGACAGAGCAAAACCAUCCCUCCCAAGUCUGGAUGGCUUUUUAG